UUAAGCAUGCUCUUUUAUUUUGGUAGCCUGUGAGUUAAUCUGACGUGAUCACCUCGUUAUUACUGUGCUGUCACCGACAUGGAAACAUACCAAAGACCUAUGCCACCCCCUCCACCGCCGCCACCGCCUUCGGUAUCAGUUUACAGGCAAAGCGGUGUGGUAAAAGCCCACGAUGUCAAACCACACAAUACAGUUCACGAAGUGCUUGAAAGACAACUCCAUCGCAUAACGGCUGGCACCGAAGAAGCUGCCGUUGUGUCCAGGGUGUUGCCGGUGAGACCCGUUCUUCAAGACGGACCACAAUGUGGGCUAGUAGCACUUAGCAUGGCCUCACAGCUCCUGCAGGAUCAACCAGUGAGUGUCGAGGCUCUUUUCGAAACGGCCAAGUCGCUUCAGUUCACCAAGAAAGGAGAGAUGUUUUCAGUUGAAAACAUGAAGACUCUAGCCGAGGCAUGUCUGCAAGGGACUCGCACUAAAAUUGUGCGCAGCGAGCAUCGAGAAGAUAUCGUCAGACACCUGCUUGAGGGAAAGCCAGUGUUAAUACCGUAUGAUUCUGACGGAAAUUUCGAACCCUGCCUAAAAAAUGGACACACAGCACACUGGGCUGUCCUUCAUGGAAUCUGCCUGGUUCUGCGUGAAUCACCUUGCAUCGAAGACAUGCUGGCAAAUGUUUCAGAGGUGGACUCGAAGUGGCCGAGGAUUUUCUACAUCCACAACAUGAUCCCCAAGGAAGUGUUACUAAAGCUCACCCAGCUAGCCGAGAGCCAGCAGACUGGUGUGUUUGUUUAUGCUAGUCAGGGAAAGAGCAGGCACGUAGGUUUGUGGGAACUCGAGUUGCUGCUGAGAAGUAACGAGAACCUGGCGCAUUUCACACCAAAGCGCGAUAUUUCCGAGUUUGUGAUACCAGAGGGAGGUGUUGCCAGAGGGCUGUCUGGCCAGGUGCUUCUUUUCACAUAGUCCAUGAUGCGGUGAAGUGUUAAGUAAUGUGAGUUAAUGCGAAAUUAUCACAGGGUAAGCUUGUGUGGAUCUCUUUCAAAAAAAGUGACAGUAGAUGUUCGUCAAUGCUUGUAUUCUCAUUUUAUCCGUGUAAUUAUCUUGCGCUAAUGUACUCUAACGAGAAGAGACGAUCGAUAGAGCAACUUCUAGUUGAUCUGUCUUGAGACGUGUGAUAACAGUUUAGUUGUUGGUUAACGCUCGUGUUUUUUAUCGCAUCUGAGUCAUUGUCUUACCCACUAACCCUAUUCACAUGUGUGAAAACCGCUGAGUUGGUUCAACAGAACGUUUGGCAUUUUUUU